GGGAGAGGGAAGCUGAGUCACGUGUAUACCUCUGCUGAGUCAUGCGCUCGCCAAGGCAAUGCGGCUCGUUGUUGACGUCGAGCUCGCGAUAUCAAAUCGCCGUCGACACUCUCUGUAGUUGGUGAAUAUGCCUCUACAUGGGCAACAUCACGUCCAUUAUCCUACAGGUAGUGCACAGGAUGCACCCCCAACUAACCCUAGUGCAACUGGUGGAGUAUUUCAGACUACACAAGUUCUAGGCUCUGUUGGCGCUCCCAUCGCGAACUUGCGCGGCGCCCCUCCAACACCACAUCCUCAGGUUCGGACCUCCUUUACUUCUCCAACGAUCACUCGGCGGGCGCUAUCAGCGGUGGCGACCGGGCUGAUACGAUAUCUACCAGGCUCCCAGCCCAGGCAUAGAGGCUUGAGAUACCUCCCUACCCUCCACAACGUAAGCUUCUACUAUGGCGGAACCCUCUCAGACCUUCAAUGGCCCCCGGCGGCAACAAACUUUCCCGCGACAGCCAGAGGAACUACACAUCCCUGCAGCGAGCAACUCAUUGGCCUCAAAUGGUCCCCGACCAGGCCAACAUCAGUUUCCCUCUGCAUCUGACUAUAGCGCACCGUCAAUAAAUAUUCAACCGUCCCAAUUCUCCAGUGGUGCUAGCAAUAACACCACCUCACUUCCGGGAGCAUUGCAGCCGGGACCUGGAAAUCGACCAGGUCCUUCUAAUACCACUGCUCCGCCAUCCAUACAAAUGCUACCACACUUGGCCACCCAACCGCUCUCUCCCAACACGCCUACAAAAUCCAGCCAAUCCAGCCAACAACAAGCAUUCUCUAGGUCCAGUCCGUCGUCCACGUUCGAUCAACAGAAAUACAAACAUGUAGGGAGCACACCUGAUAGUGGGAAGUACAUAUCGCCGACUUCAGGCACUUAUGCGGCACAGACUCCACAGACGUCGUCUCCAUACUCACCUUUAGGACUGGCUGAUAUCAGACCCCACAUUGAUUCUGCGAUGUCGGAAGCCACAGGCAGUUCUGUGGCAGGAGGCAAUAGUGCUAAUAUCCUAUACCCUACAAACAGUAAUUACCUCGCUCCAUGGGCGGUAUACGCCUUUGAUUGGUGUAAAUGGCCUGCUCCGCCAGGAGGGUCAUCAUUCGGGAAAAUCGCUCUAGGAAGCUAUCUUGAAGACAGUCACAAUUAUAUUCAAAUUCUAAGCGCACAGCGUGCUUCUUCAGAUGUGCCGGAAUCUCCCGAUGGAAAUCCGGGUUUGGAAUUUAUAAAGACCGCGGAGGCUACACAUUCAUACCCGGUGACCAGAAUAUUAUGGGAACCUCCCUCGUCCCAAAAGCAAUCAACCGAUCUAUUGGCUACCUCUGGUGAUCAUCUGCGCCUUUGGUCAUUACCGGCAGACUCCCACUCUCAGUCUUACCUGAGUAACUCUAUCAACCGAUCAAGCAAGUCGAGAAAUCAACCUAUACAGAAGCUUUCACCGCUCGCUCUACUUUCCAACUCCAAAUCGCCGGAACAUACUGCUCCAAUUACAUCAUUAGAUUGGAAUGUUGUGUCUCCAAGCCUAAUCAUCACUUCAAGCAUCGACACUACAUGUACUAUUUGGGACAUUCCCACGCUAACGGCUAAAACCCAGCUGAUUGCACAUGAUAAAGAAGUGUAUGAUGUCCGAUUCUGUGCCAACAGUGUUGAUGUGUUUGUUAGUUGUGGCGCAGAUGGCAGCGUUCGGAUGUUUGACCUAAGAAGCCUAGAGCAUAGCACGAUUAUCUAUGAACCGUCCGAAAAAAAUGAAAAGUUAGCGAACCCAGGGAACCUUACGCCACCCUCUCACAAUGCCCCCUGGCCUCCUCCCCUACUAAGAAUAGCCGCGUCACCCCACGAUGCCCAUCUACUUGGCACCUUCUCUCAAGACUCCAACAUAAUCCGCAUACUUGAUGUUCGACAACCGGGCCAAGCCCUACUCGAAUUAAAAGGCCACGGAGGUCCCAUAAACUGCAUCGAAUGGUCUCCCACCCGCCGCGGCACCAUCACCUCAGGCGCAGAUGACUGCCUCGUUCUAGUCUGGGAUCUUAUCAAUCAAAGCAAUGCUGCAGCUUUCCCCCCAGCUCCGCCCCCACCAAAUCAUAGUGGCACUUCCAAUGGGCCCGCAACCGUUGAACGUGGCCCCGCCGCAGCGUGGCAAUGCGAUUACGAGGUUUCGAAUAUUAGCUGGGCGCCGCAUGCGAGUAGCGGCAUGCCUGGGGCACCUGGGGUUGGUGGGGUUGGUAGGGAUUGGGUGGGGGUGUGUGGUGGUCGUGGGCUGUGGACAGUGUCGAUAUGAAACUUCUCUUUUAUCACAUUUUCCCUUUUCUGUUUCGAAAAAUUAGAAGAUGGAGAACAGACAUCUUAAGAUUUUCCGCGGAGUGAAGAGUACGGCUGCUGCGGGCGGAAGAAGAUAAAAGAAACAUACGCAUUGGUCCGGUUUGAACUGUCUUGUUUUUUGCUUCCUUUUUGGUCGACCUUUAUAUAUAGGUGGGAUCACUCCGGACCGUUCCGCGUUUUCUCUUUCUCCCCGCUUUUGUCUCUUUCACAUACAUAAUCUACCCUAUACGUUUUCAGGUUCAGAUUGGGUUUGGAGAACGGUCGUUCGAGAUGGAAAACUUAAUGAAUUACGAAAGCCUUUACUUUUUGCCUUAUUUUUUGCCUUCGUUUCCCUCUCUCACAUUUUCUUUCUUUCUUCUGUGUUUGUUUGGCUCCCAUAUUUAGCUUUUAUUCUUGGAUUUCACCAUACAAGAUUUCUGGUUUCCCAUUUUAUUUUUAUUUUAUUUUUAUUUUAUUUUUUAGUUGUUGCUCCUUUUGUAUUACCGAGCUUUAUAUUCCCGCCCUCUAAUAAAUAGAUACAAGCAAUUUGCGGCUUUUUCCUUCUCGCAUUCAACCCCCGGGCUUUCCAGUUUGGAAGUGGCUUUUCUAUUCCAAUUCUUUAGGAAUUGGGAAUAAUAGAUCCAAGUCAGAAAGAAGAGGCGCCUUGAAUGAUGUUGAACAGAAAUGACGGUUAAAAGAAGAGCGCCGACAAAUAAGAAGCGGGUAGUUGGGGAAGAAAUCCACGAGAUGAGGCGGGGAUGGACAGAGAUAGAAUUCCAGGUCAUCGUAUAAAGGCAAAUACAGAAAAACCAUGCUAGGAACACCGUGAAAAUAAAAAUGGAAGCAGUAAAAGGGCCAAAUAUGUACACACAUUCCGCAAUGCCAUUUAUAUGUCCGAUAAUCGGAAGAGGAAAAAUGAAUAUUAAUUAAAAUACAAACACGCACAAAAAAGGCUAUAAACCAGUUACCAAGAGCCGCCUCUCCACCCACCUUGCAAACCGAACAGUGGGCACAUCCACGCCCCGCCAGAACAUAUCCGCCGCCCAAAUGGACACAGGCAAACAAAUCAACCAUCCAAUCGUAAUUCCAAA